AUUCGAAUGUCAUAUAGUGAUUGUGAGUUAGAGGGAUCAGGUUUCUAAGGCGUUUCUUCAAGGGGAACGAGAAGAAAAAAGCCACCUUACGAAACUCGUCUCGUGAGAAUUUGGGGUACGCGCUUGUUGUGUCCGUCCUUUAUUCGCAAAAUAAUCGUUUGAGCAGCCCGCCUAGUAUAUACUUCAGUCGGUUACCACGUGCUUUCGCGUGAAGGAGUCUCUUAAUCGUGUUCGUGAAUGUCGUAUGGUGUUAAUUAUUAAAUAUUUCGUAAUUAUCUUUUUUUGUAGAUUACGUGCGUUCGUUCGGAUACGUUUAGUGCUUGGAAAGAAAUAUGUCAUUCUCUAGGAAAUACUUCAAACGGAUCCCGAUUUAUGUGGUAGAGAGCCACGAUGAGGUGCUACCAUUCAUUUAUCGGUGUUUGGGAUCGAAACACCUUCCGUUCGAAGGAAACACGCUCGUGCAUUUAGAUUCGCAUCCUGACAUGCUUAUACCGAAAAUGAUGUCGGCGAACACUGUAUGGAAUAAAGAAGAAUUGUUUAGUGAAGUUAGCAUCGAAAAUUGGAUAUUGCCUGCUGCAUAUGCCGGUCACUUUAAGCACCUGAUCUGGGUCAAACCACCGUGGGCGAAUCAAAUGGUCGAUGGCGUGACAACCUUCUUCAUCGGCAAGCAUAAGGACAACGAAUCAAUAAGGAAGAUCGAGCGAAGAUCGUUUCAAAAUUACAUGUUUCUCGGGAAGUUGAAGUACAGCCUGCAGGUACCUGCUACAGAUGGUUUACGCCCUGGCACUUGUUACACUUCGCACGAGGAAAUCUAAUCGUCCGUGACCGUGGAAAAUGUAUUACAAAUUUACAUCUAAACGAGGCCCCAUAAAUCUAAUCAGCCUGCGAUAAGUAAUAAUAAUUAAUGAUUUACAGGUUGGAUGAACAAUUAAAAAAUUGUAUUUAUCCUCCACGAUAAAUCACAAUUUACCGUUCUCAUGAAAUAUUAUUCAUACCGUUAUUGACCGAUUUCUCUAUCAACCGUAACUCGUCUUGAUCGCUAUGAUCGAUCGCGAUUCAGCAUGAUCGAAUUUUCCGAUUUUAUUGGAAAUUCCAUGGUAGUGUCACGCGAUAAACGAAAGAUAAUAA